AUGACUACAGCACCCCUGCGGGUGUUUGCCUUCCGAGAGACGCGGGAAGUCAGAGGCAGCUGCCGGCUGAAAGGGGACCUGGGGUUGUGUGUGGCAGAGCUGGAGCUCCUGCCAAGCUGGUUUAACCCCCCCACUGUUGUCGCUGGCCGUAAGAAACCCAUGGAUCAGUCUGAAGGGAGCCCUGUGGAGCUUUACUAUGCCAUACAACCAGGAGAUGAGAAAGGGGAAUGCACCAAGGAGGAUGUAAGGAAAAGUAAUGGGAUCCGACCAGGGCGCAAUGACAUUGAUGAGUCGGGACCUCCCUUGCAGAGGAUUGGAAGUGUUUUCCUUUACCAGACACAUGCUGGCCCUUCUUUAAGUGAAAUGAGAUUGGAUAAUAAUAUUGCCAUCCAGUACACACCAAAGACUGUCAAGCAAGGUGACAUUUUGACUUUCCUUGUAUCUGUUGCUAAAAAUUCAACAGAAGAUCAGUUCACGCUGAGGGCAAAGGUGAAGAAAGGUGUGAAUAUUUUCAAUGUACGAGCCAGCAGCCCAUACUUAUGGGACAUCAGAGAGAGCAUGGAUUAUACCGGGAAAUAUGCACCAGCUGUUAUUGUUUGCCAGAGGAAAUCUGCUGCCUCUGAAAACAGGUAGGUCAUU